UGAAAAUAACGCAUAGUACUUCCUACACAUGAUCCAUGAUUGUCGGCCCGCACUGGCCUAAUUGUGUCGCGAGGCCUCUGUUCUAGACAUGCGCAGAAGCUUGUAACAUGAUGCCGAGUGAGAGAGGUGGUGCCAUGAGUCCUGACAACUAUAGAACUAGCCUGGAAGAGAAAGGUAUUGAUCAUUUGGCGGGCCAUUACGUCUUGCCGAGCGAGUUCAUAUAACCACCGGCAAUCCAGGUCUUCUCAGGGAGGAAAACAGCCCUAGGUGGUAUAUAGCAGACGACACUUGAUCCUGCGGAAUAUACUUACGAUAAUAGAUCAAUUAUCUCAAGGAAUGUGAUGGCGAGUAACUUCAAAGUAUUCUUGGCGUUCACCAAGCAACCGAAGGAUGAACCGGUGUAUCAGAAGCAGGACGGGCAGAGGUUUUCCGUCUGCAACACUAUUAAACUAAACGUCAACUCAACCUACACGGUGAGCGUUGUGAUCCGCCCCCAACGUACUUUAUUGCGACUGCAGAUCCAGGGUGAAAACCUGGGGUUGAACCAGGUGAAGCCAGAACGCGACGAUGACGACAGCUGCAAGUACCAGGCCAGCUGGGUCACUGUCGGCUUCGAACAGAGCAAGAGCGCCGAGAGGAAGGAGCUCCCGGUCGUGCUGGAGAUGUCUAACGGCGUGUAUAUGAAGUUGGCACUACAAUGUAAGUUCUACCCUGAGGAGGAAACACAACACUGCCAUUGGGGGCAACCCCUUCACAACAUCGAGUACGAAUGCAACGUGCCAGACGGCUGUACCUAUGUCGACAUCACGAGUACUAAACUACUGUGACGUCAUUAGCGUAGCAUUGUAGUCAUGAAUAGAGCUUUGCCCUGAAAGUCUACAAGCCUUAAUUGUUACCAUUAGAAAACACCCUGAACCGAGCCCCCGAGUGCGUUUAACACUGGGGAGGGCGAGGUUCAGGCGUGCCUGUUAGUGCUAUUUAAUGUCUACACAUUCCACGAUGGAGACGUGCAUGGUUGUGCCUGGAAUCGCUACUGAAGAUACUAUGGAAGUUCCUGAUGGAAGAGUAUUUGGUUGAGCUCUUUAGGCGACUUUCAUUUCUUGGUUUAAAGAUCGGACGAUCAUUUACCCUGCAUUGAUGUUGCAAGAAAAAGGUAGUAGUGGAACAAAUUCAUUGUGAUCUUUUUCAUUACAAAAUUUAGAGAGA